UGAUAAAAACGAUUCCAUUGAUACGUUUUCACGUUUCUUUUCGGCUACAGGAUGUAGAGUAUGUAGACAGGGAAGGAGAUGGAUAAGCAUACACAGGCGUUGUCUACGAAUGGAUAGAACCAGUUUUUCUAUUACCCAUUUGACUGUAGUUCACGUUCGUUAUAAGUAUGUUAUUGUGCAUAUCGAUCAUUUACUUUAAUUUAGUGUCAUUUCUGACCAACUGCACUGAACACUUUUAGUCAUGAUCCUACAGUACCUGGUUGUCUGUUUAGAUUAUCAUACUUCGCUUGCGUUCGUAUGAAAUCAUUCUGGAAUCGGGGUGCUGUGUAUCUCAAGCAGUGUAUUAAACAUACUUCGAGAUAAAGCUCUAGCUGAAAUUUGACUGUGAGAGCAACUCUGACAGCAAAGUGAUUGUAAAAGCUGAAGCACAAGGAACUGAUUGCUGUAAUAAAAUCCGCGAAAUACGAGCAAUAAGGGUUUAUUCGGAUGUUGCUGCCUUUCGGGUUUUUUUUCUUUACAGACGUAAAGAUUUGUCUUACGCUACACACUGACAGAGGGAUUUGGAAUUACCUUCCAAGGAUCUGUGCUGAACUUACACCAUUUAUAGACUGUCAAUGUCAAACAAUCUGAUUAUGAGAUUUAACUUCACGUCCAAGCAGACUUCAGGAUCAACAUGCGUUUGCCGUCUAGUUCCCCAUUCAGCUUUAGAACAGAAAACAGAAUAAUAAACCACUGAAAACGAUUAAAAUGUGGUGUCACCCCCGAUCCUCUAGACAAAAACGUCCUGCCGGUGCGUGAUGGAAAGUCCCGACUCCGAAGCUGUUCGAAAUAAAUAAAGGCGAGGAGCAACAGAGCUUUCAAUCAGGGUUUUGCCUUGAAUUAAUCACCUUCUGUUUAAUGGAUCUUUGAGUUUCCUGCUUGACGCAGUGAGGAGCUGCAGCCCUCUUCUCAGGCCGAGAGCAACCCUGGAUUUUCUGCUAGAAAUUUGCUGCCUUCCUUGAGUAUUUUCUGGGGUUCGAAGUGACACUGAGAGCCCCAGAUUUGGAUCCGGAGACACCUGCGAACUCCUGCGCCCCUGAUUUAAAAAGAAAAGGCCAGGGAAGCCAUGAAGAGAGGGCCACGAGACAGACCAGGCGAGGAAACGGCUUGUUCCUGUUGGACAAUUUAACCUGAACUCGCAGAGAUCAGAAACCUUCCCAUCCGAGGGAGAUGCACGUGAUUCAGACAUUUAUAGUGCCAGAGCCAAAGGAAAGCUUGCUGGACGCAUAGUUCAACUGCGGAUCGCAUUUGAAGCCCAUAAAUGAAUGUGGGGCAGAGGGAAAAAGAAAGAGACAGAAAUACAGGGCUGAUCAGAAAUGUUGACCACAAGGGAAAUAAGCACAAACCAGACUAAAGCAGUGAUAUAUUGAAACUCAGACAUCGCUUUCCAAUACAGCCGCCCGGCCCAGCAAAGCUUGCUCCGCAGGCUGGAUGCAGCCGCCUUCUUUAAUACAGCUGGGGUACGUCUUAACAAGAUCUUCCCGCUGCUGCCAUUUCCAUUUUACCGGCUGACUUGUCAGUACGUUUAUUAAUCUUUGCCUACAUUGAACCGAGCGAGGUUGUCUUUGCUCAGUCAGAGACUUCAGAUCAUUUAUCUUGCCUUUUUGAGUCUCAAGAAAAAUAACACUGACCGGAUAGCUGUCUGCAGUUGUCGUGGCUGCUGGAGCAGGACAAAUGGCUUGCUAUGGAGGCAUAGUGAUGACUACUUUAUACUGGUGGGCGGCACUGUUCUCUUUCACGCAGAUAGCCGGGGUCAGGGGAGACUGCUGGCUUAUUGAGGGAGAAAAGGGCUUUGUAUGGCUGGCGAUCUGCAGCCAAAACCAGCCACCUUAUGAGGCCAUCCCACAGCACAUCAACAGCACCAUCGUGGACCUCCGUCUGAAUGAGAACAAGAUCAAGAGCAUCCACUACUCCUCCCUCAGUCGCUUUGGCAACCUGACCUACCUAAACCUGACUAAGAAUGAGAUUACUUAUAUAGAAGAUGGGGCCUUCUCUGCCCAGUUUAACCUCCAAGUCCUGCAAUUGGGAUUCAACAGGCUGAGGAACUUGACAGAGGGAAUCCUCAGGGGUUUGGGCAAACUGCAGUACCUCUACCUCCAAGCCAACCUGAUUGAGACGGUGACCUCCAAUGCCUUCUGGGAGUGUCCCAAUAUUGAGAACAUCGAUCUGUCCAUGAACCGUAUUCAGCUGCUUGAUGGCGGGACGUUCGCAAGCCUGGGCAAGCUGACUACGUGUGAGUUGUACACCAACCCCUUUCGCUGCUCCUGUGACCUACUGGGCUUCCUCAAGUGGCUUGCCAACUUCCCCAACAGGACCAGCGAGCGCAUGCUGUGUGAUUCCCCGCCGGACUACUCCGGCUACAGCCUUCUCAGCCAGAAUCCCAAUCAGCCCAGUUAUCGCAACGCUCUGCAGAAACUUACCACCUUGUGCUCCGAGGACUAUGAGCAAUCCAACUACAACCCACCCCCUUACAUUGUCACCUCCAUUCCUCCUUCCCCGACCCCUUGCGAGGUUGAGGACUGCGGUUCUGGAGCUGAAACCAUGGCAAUAAUUACAGUUACCCCAACUCACAGUGACCCCAGUAUGAAACCCCAUAUAGAACUUAAGCAUGUAACCCACACCAGCGCUAGCCUUACGGUCCGGAUCCCGCACCCCUUCAAGAAGAUGUACAUCCUUGUGCUCUACAACAACAGCUUCUUCACCGAUAUUCAGAAUCUCCGAAACCAGAAGGAGGAUAUCGAGCUGACGGGGCUAAAAGCCCACACCAGCUAUACGUACUGCGUGGCUUCCAUACGCUAUUCCUUGCGCUUCAACCACACCUGUCUGACGAUCAACACAGGCCCCAAGAACGGGAAGGACCACGUGCCCAACUCUUCCACUGCCACCCAUUACAUCAUGACCAUCUUAGGCUGCCUCUUUGGCAUGGUCAUUGUCCUGGGGUUCGUGUAUUACUGCCUGCGGAAGAAACGGCAGCAAGAUGAGAAGCACAAGAAAUCCGGCAGCAUCAAGAAAAACAUCAUCGAACUGAAAUACGGAGCUGAACUCGAGAGCGGGACGAUCUCCCAGCUCACCCAGAAGCAGAUGAUGGCUGGAGAGAACAUAGCCCGCAUGCCGUACCUGCCUUCCACAGGUGAAAUGGAGCAGUACAAGCUUCAGGAUAUUAUUGAAACCCCCAAAACAGCGAAAGGGAAUUAUAUUGAGGUGCGGACUGGGGAGCAGCCCGAUCGCCGGGAGUGUGAUAUAUCUAUCUCCGGGAACAACCAAGGCUCGGUGGCAGAAAUCUCCACCAUAGCUAAAGAAGUGGACAAAGUCAAUCAGAUCAUCAACAACUGCAUCGACGCUCUCAAAUCCGAUUCGACCUCCUUCCAGGGUGUCAAAUCCGGAGCUGUGUCCACUGCAGAGCCCCAGCUCGUGCUCAUUUCGGAGCAGCCUCAGAGCAAGUCUGGCUUUCUGUCCCCCGUGUACAAAGACAGCUACCACCACCCUCUGCAGAGGCAUCACAGCAUGGAGGCGGCUCCGAAGCGCUCCAGCACGUCCUCCAGUGGCUCCAUCCGAAGCCCGAGGUCCUUCCGCUCGGAGGGAGCCUACAAGUCGGAAGCCAAGUACAUCGAGAAGACGUCGCCCACGGCCGACAGCAUCCUGACAGUCACACCGGCAGCAGCCAUCCUUAGAGCGGAGGCAGAGAAAAUCAGGCAGUACAGCGAGCAUCGGCACUCGUACCCCGGCUCCCACCAGGGCGAGCAGAUCGAGGGGCACGGGAGCCGCAAACCGUCCAUCCUGGAGCCGCUGACUCGCCCCCGGCCCAGAGACGUGACCUAUUCCCAGCUGUCGCCCCAGUACCACAACCUCAGCUACUCCUCAAGUCCCGAGUACACCUGCAAACCAGCACACAGCAUAUGGGAGAGGUUUAAACUCCACCGCAAGCGCCACAAAGAGGAAGAGUACAUGGCAGCUGGGCACGCGCUGCGGAAGAAAGUCCAGUUUGCCAAGGACGAGGACUUGCAUGACAUUUUAGACUACUGGAAAGGCGUGUCGGCCCAGCACAAAUCCUGACUCCACUCAGACUUUUCUUUUCAGAUCUGGACCAAAAUGAAACAGAACAAGCUAGGAAAAAAACAAACAAACCUUAAAGAGGUUUAAAAAGAGAAAAUAAAAUAGAGAAAAAAUACUUCCGCAGCUAUUUUUAUUCGAAAUGCGUUUCUGGACAUGAAAAAGAAAGUCUCACGCUAGUGAGUAUCUAUGUACCAAAAUAAUGGGAAGGAAAUAGAAAGAAUAAACUGUACAACUUGACUUCACCAUCAUUUUUUUAAAGAAAAGACUUUUUCAAAUAAUAGCAUUGGAAUAUUAUCCUUUGGGUAUCGCAUGGCUGUGUCCCGUGACUGUGGAUUAACUGUUGUGUACUUUGAGAGAAAAACAAACUAAAACGUCCGCUGAACACUGUAUGCAAGACUCUGUGUAUUUGUUUUUUUGUCAGAGAGCUACAUCCACAUGCACACAUUUUUUUUCACUCCGUAGCGUAAAGUAAUAUCAGUGAGUCCUACAUUCAAAAUAACUAUGUACAGAUAAAUUUCUAUAUUUGCAACGUUUGCUGUAAGAAAAGAAAAUGAGAAAAGAGAAAAACUACCUGUUUGUAUCAGGUUUUAACCAUGGAUUUCAGAGACAAUUUCUUCAUUAUUAUUUUGUGUCUCAAAUGAAUGUCUCCUGUCCUGAUGGAUAACAAUUGCACUGUUCAAUGAAAUGGUACAUCCAUUUAGAAAUCACCCUGACUGUUGUUUUUCUCCUGUGUUGCAUAUCUUUUGCAGACGUCACGAGUCAAACUGCACAAUACUAACAGUUGAGAUUCAUCGUUUCUGAUUUAAUUUUCCUACCAAAGUGCUGUGGUAGCAAGUCAUUACAUGCUCUGCUGAUAUCUGGGCCCCGAAAUUAAUCCUACAGACCUGAGGAUGAAUGUAUUCUUUACAUAAUAAAAGUGUCUGGCAGCUUUUACUGUAAGCUGCAGUCUUGUUAUUCACAAGCUUUUUCUUCGGGUUGUGUCAAACCACAUGAAAAAUGAACAUAUUACUAGUUUUUAUUAUUUUUUGUUUUACCUGGCAGGUUGCACAAGAAUUUCCAGAAAAAUAGAACAUGUAUAUCUGCUAUUUACAGAACUGAAGGACAUGGUUACUAAUGUACCUGAAUUCCAGUACUAAAAUAUGUUAAACACUGAUCCAUGCAGCUGUGUCAUAAUUACUCCCCUGUGGGAGACUUGUUAAUGAACCCGCCACAAACGUGUAAUGACCUCUCAACAUUGAACACGCUACGGAAGCAGACAAGUAAAGCUGUUGGGUAAAAAUGUGUUCAGAGUGCAUAGGUAUGAGAACAUUGAAUGUAAAAUGGGAUUUUAUCAUUUCUAUACAUCACCAAUAUAUGUAUAUGUGUAUAUAUAGAGUAUUAUAUAAAACUGGUAACAUUAACAGGCCUUGUAGCUGGUAAACUAUGAGUGUUUUAUAUUGUUUUAAUGAAGAAUUAUUCUGCACCAACACUUUUAAUCUCCACUGUGACAACAAAGCAUGACUAAGCAGUCCAGUUGGAAGAACCCAUUAAGGCACUAUUAACAUAUUCAGCAUUAUUACCACUUAUAAACAUUACCCCUGAAUUGAACUGUUAUGAGAAAUUCAUGCAUCAUCCAAUUAUGUCUUCGAGGGGAUUCUAGAAAUAAUUGAGUAGUCCAAUUACACAUUUAAAAAGCCUUAAAAAUCUGGGAGGAAGCUUUUGAAUUUUUUAACCAUAUUAGGAUGUUUUGACAUGUCUUCAUCUGUUGUAUUUUUUUAAGUUAUUCUAUAGAUGUUACCUGUGUACUUUAUUAUGGAUAUGUUUCAGAAUGGCUUACAUGUGUUUUUGUACUGCGGUACACAUUGUAGCACUCCUGAGUCUCAGUGCAGUCAUGUGGAAAACCACAGCAGGGAAGGAACACAGAGAGAAAAGAACAAUGGGUUUAACCUGUAACACGGUGAGGCCAAGCAUACAAAAGAAGCAUUUUGAUGGAUUUCAAGGGCUAUAUGAUCCAUCAAAAAUGAAUAAGAGCACAAUAAUUUUUCAAUUCUUUUUUUAUUGUAUUAAAAAGUUAUCUUGUUCCAGAAAGUACAAAAUUAAAGACAAGACAUAAGCAAUUAGCAACACCUUUCACUUAUCUCAUUGAUUGUUUUGGAUAAAAUCUCUGAUCUCCCAGAUUACUCAAACAAUCAUUUUUAUGAACCAGUCUGUAAAACACUAAUAAACAAUAGGGUUUGAUCAGAA